AGUUAUCGUAGAUUCACGAAACUCUGAACCAGCAUAUCUCAAUGAAGAGAGGGUGCUCCUGCUAUUUCCGAAUGAAACUCAUACUGGAGUGUCUUGGAUGCCAAAGAAAAAUAGUUCCCAAUAUCUCUUGAGCCUCAACCCACCUGAUACAAAAGACAGUUCUCAAUACAUAGAUGGCGCAUAUAUAAUGGGACCCAUCUCAGCCGAGUUCCAUGGACUUAUUUCUGGAAAACCCUACAAUAUAUCGGUUAGAAGUCUGUCGAAAUGGGAAGAAUUCCAUCCUACUACCAUACAGUAUCACCCAAGGCCAUUGGGACCAGCAACAAUUGAUAUUGAUGAUGAUCUUAUAUCGACAGAAUCAUUUGUAACAAGAUGGUCGGAACCACCUGAAAGAACUGUUUUUGAUGGAUAUCACGUUCAACUCAUUCAUCCCACUUCUUCAAGGAAAUCCCCCACAGAAGUGCCCAUCAGGAAAAAUGGAACCAGAUCCUGGAAGUUUGAUGAACUGACUCCUGGUGAGAGUUAUCUCAUGAAGAUAUCCACAGUUUCUGGAAAUUUGUCUUCAUGGCCAGUUGAAGCAAAUGUCACACUGAAACCACUUCCAGUUAUGUUCCUUGGAAUGAGUGGUGAAGAUAAUCGCAUGAUCUGGAUAAAUUGGGAACCCAACCCUGUGAGUAUUCAGGAUCGGUAUUUUGUUUGUUUCAAACACGAAAGAGAUCUGAAUCAAACAUGUUCGUUUGAAGUAAGCCAGAAAUUGCUCAUUACCGAUUUGGCUCCAUGUUCUAAUAACACGGUGGUAGUAACUGUUCUCUCUGGCAAAAUGCGUUCUGAAAAUCGGACCCUACACUUCAUUGCACAGCCCAUUCCACCUACCAAAGGCAACAUAUUCGUCGAGGAUGAUAGUAUGAGUGUCGAGUGGAAAUCUCCAUAUGAGCAGUUCGAGAUCAAGUGGAAGAGUAAUGUUCGAGAACAAAAAGAGAAUCGAACAAUUUGGAAACAUUCGGCUCUCAUAUCCAAUAUUUUUCCUGGGGCUUCAUACACAAUCGAGAUCAAAGCAAUUUGUCGUAAAACCAGGAGCGAGCCAUUGAGACUACGAUAUGUAGUGAGUCCAAAACCUCCAGAGGAACUGAAAAUCAUGCAAAUUGAUGAGAAAGCGAUCGAAGUCGAUUGGAAAGCACCAAAUGAGUCACUGGCUACUGGAUAUUAUCUGAAAUUAAAAGCUGAAACCAGUUAUAUCUGGAAAGAAUUCCAUUACGUGCAGCCUCGUUCAUUGAUCAAUGAACUGAUACCUGGUGAUGAAUAUAUUUUCGAACUCCGUACUGAAGUAUUCGAUACAAGAAGUGAUGCAUCACUGCAGGCCAGAUUGAGAUUAGCACCUCUACCUGUGAAUGUCCUGAAUGUAUGCUCACGUUCGACAAAUACUGUCAAGGUAUGUUGGCUAUCGAAUGAUGAUAGUAUUCAAGACAGAUUUUCCAUAUUGUUGGAAUAUUCCCAUGAAGAUUACGAUGAAGCACUAUUGAUGGAAUCAAGAAGAAAUUUCGUCGUAUUGGAUGAAUUACAUCAGGGAAGACUUCAUAAUGUGACUGUUACAGCUUGGUCUGCAAACAAGGAAUCAGUUGGAAGAUCACUGACAUUCACCGCGUAGUCAUCGCGAAAAUGUUCAUCUGAUGAUACAUUCUUAGUGAGUGUGCACUGUGAAUAAAGAGAUAACAAAUAUUCCUGAAAUAUCC